UUUAAAAAAACUGCAUUUGAGUCCUAGUCUUUUAUUAUUAUUAUUUUCAAUAUCUGAAAUUCUUAUUUUAAUUAUUUUUAUGGUACAGGUGGCAGUGCCACCACCCGGCUACCCGUCAUCGGUUGUGGCGUUGCGCCGCCACGAAGCACCGUCUCUGCUGUUUGUAUCCCUACCUUAUGGAGAAGGAAUAACGUUCUACGACAGAAUCACGACGGCAAUGAAGAACUGCGACGCUAUAUCAAUAAGGACAUGUCUUGAGAUUGAAGAGAAAUUCUGUAACUACAUAGGAAGUCAAUACGAAAAACCCGUUAUAUUAACCGGACCGGUGCUGCCGGAGCCAGCCAAGACGCCAUUAGAAGACCGCUGGUCUAAGUGGUUUGCAGGAUUUGAGCCAGGGUCAGUGGUUUUCUGUGCAUUCGGGAGCCAAUUCAUCCUUGAAAAGAACCAGUUUCAAGAACUCCUACUGGGGUUUGAGUUAACAGGUCUGCCUUUUCUGGUGGCCGUGAAGCCACCGAUCGGGGCGUCAACGAUUGAAGAGGCAUUGCCAGAGGUGUUUGAAGAGAGGGUUAAGGGAAGAGGAGUGGUUUGGGGUGGAUGGGUGCAGCAGCCAAUGAUACUGGCUCACCCAUCCGUUGGGUGUUUUGUGAGCCAUUGUGGGUUUGGCUCGAUGUGGGAGGCUUUGAUGAGUGACUGCCAAAUAGUGCUGGUUCCGCAACUGGGUGACCAGAUCUUGAACACCCGGCUGCUUGUCGAGGACCUGAAGGUGGCGGUGGAGGUGGAGAAGGAGGAGAAUGGGUGGUUCUCCAAGGAGAGCUUGAGCAGAAGCAUCCUGGCUGUCAUGGAAAAGAACAGCGAGAAAGGUAAAUCCUUGAGGGAGAAUCACAUGAAAUGUAGGGAUAUGUUAUGCAGCACAGGAUUCAUGGAUGGGUACAUUGACAGGUUCAUUCAAAGCAUGCACGAGCUCUGUCAAGUGAACAACCAAUGAAAAAGUAAAUCGCUUUAUGCAGAUUAAUUCUAUUAUGCAAGCUAAUCAUGCCAUGCAUAUCCUCUGGAUAUCAUCAAUAAACAAGAAAAAUGUAGCACAAUCAGAGUUCAUAAUUUUCCCUGGUAAGUACUUUGCUGUGGUGUUAUGCAACAAUGGCUUACAUUCAUUAUUGAAGUAUCCUAAGAAGAUAACAGAAUGCUGCCGAAACCAUUGCAACCAUUUCAGACUCAUUUAUAUUCAACAGGCUGCCUUGUAUUGUACAUGUAACCUGGAGCAUGCUAACUUUCAUCAAAAUGAAGAACAGCAACUAAAGAAUGAAAUUCAUGAUCUUCC